AUGACACCUACGAAGGUUAUGAAACAUCGAUCUCAUAACAAUUUCCACCAUUCAAUAGAAGGUAAAUCUCUUAUGCUCCAAUUUGGUCAAGCAGGGUUGAAACCUUCUCAGAUUAAAAGGGUUGUUAAUACAAUGAAAACCUCAAAUGUAGCUGAUGUUACUUCAAAGCAAUGUGCUGAUGUCUUAUUUGAGCAACGAAAGCAACAUAAAGGAAAGGAGUUCUAUGGACUUAUAAAACAUUUUCAAGAUAAAACAUUAGUUGAUAGUGUCCAGUAUUUUGUCGUGGAUUUGUCUGAUGAUGGGUAUCCUAAAAAUAUCUUUUGGGCUGAUGUUGAGUCUCGAAGGGCCGCCGAAGAAGAUGAAGACUUCAAGACAAUGAACUCGAGGCCGAUUCUUUCUUCAGUGCAUCCAAUCGAAGCAAAAGCAGGUCAAUAUUAUACUAGAAAGAUAUUUGAUACUUUAAAAAAAGAAUGGACCGAAGCUAUUACCAAUUUGACUCAUUAG